UCAUCUUCACUCUGGUUGAAGCAGCCUAGAGAGAGAAAGUAGAUAGAGAGUAGAGAGAGAGAGAGAGAGAGCUGCAUCUCCUGAAAUAACUAUCUACCUCCUCGAGCUUCGACUUUGCUUCGCUCCUUCGUUAACCCCUAAUUUUUUUGAAACCCUAAUUUUGAAAUUCCUUGCGAAGAAGUAGCUACAGAUAUAACAAUGGUGGGGUCGUCGCUUGGGGGCGUGCAUGAUCAUCUCAAAUUGGCGAGAGAGUACGCCGUUGAAGGCCUAUACGACACUUCCAUCAUCUUCUUUGACGGUGCUAUCGCUCAGAUCAACAAGCACUUAAUCACGCUUGAUGACCCAUUAAUUCGUGCAAAAUGGAUGAAUGUAAAGAAAGCUCUCUCUGAAGAAACAGAGGUUGUUAAACAGUUGGAUGCAGAGAAAAGGGCUUUCAAGGAUAUUCCUCUGGGUAGACGGCCUCCUUCACCUCCUAUUUCAACUAAAUCAUCAUUUGUUUUUCAACCAUUAGACGAGUACCCAACUUCAUCUGGUGCUUCAAUGGAUGAUCCUGAUGUAUGGAGGCCACCUAGUCGAGAUGCAACAGGUAGAAGACCCACAAGAGCUGGUCAAGUGGGAAUGAGGAAGUCAUCGCAAGAUGCAACUUGGCCUCGUGGUUCUACCAGAGCUGGAACAACUGGUCGCGGAGCAAAAACAGGCGGUUCUAGUAAGUCGAAUGUGGGAGUCCGAGCAUCAACUACCGGAAAGAGAGGCACUGGAUCAGGAAAAUCCAACUCUGGCAAGUCAGAUUCAGUGAAUGGUGAUGCUGAAGACGGAAAAUCAAAGCGUGGACAGUAUGAGGGGCCUGAUUCAGAUUUAGCUGCAAUGCUUGAAAGGGAUGUCUUGGAAACCACCCCUGGAGUGAGAUGGGAUGAUGUUGCAGGGUUGAGUGAAGCAAAAAGACUUCUAGAGGAAGCUGUUGUUCUUCCUUUGUGGAUGCCUGAAUAUUUCCAGGGAAUUAGGAGACCAUGGAAAGGCGUUCUUAUGUUUGGCCCUCCUGGAACUGGAAAGACACUUCUGGCAAAGGCAGUUGCUACAGAGUGUGGUACAACAUUUUUCAAUGUUUCUUCCGCUACAUUGGCUUCGAAAUGGCGUGGGGAGAGUGAACGCAUGGUUCGAUGCUUGUUUGAGCUUGCAAGAGCUUAUGCUCCAAGUACAAUAUUCAUUGAUGAGAUUGAUUCUCUCUGCAAUGCCCGGGGGGCUUCAGGGGAGCAUGAAUCAUCCAGAAGGGUUAAGUCUGAACUUCUAGUUCAGGUAGAUGGUGUAAACAAUACUUCCACUAAUGAAGAUGGAAGUCGCAAAAUAGUGAUGGUUUUGGCAGCUACUAACUUUCCGUGGGAUAUAGAUGAGGCACUAAGGAGGCGGCUGGAAAAGCGAAUAUAUAUUCCUCUUCCAAAUUUUGAGAGCCGUAAGGAGCUUAUACGGAUUAAUUUGAAAACUGUUGAGGUGGCUCCUGAUGUAAAUAUUGAUGAAGUGGCUCGUCGAACAGAAGGAUACAGCGGAGAUGAUCUCACAAACGUGUGCCGGGAUGCCUCCUUAAAUGGCAUGAGACGUAAAAUAGCAGGAAAAACACGUGACGAGAUUAAGAACAUGUCCAAGGAUGAAAUUUCAAAUGACCCUGUGGCCAUGUGUGACUUCGAAGAAGCCAUAAAAAAGGUUCAACCAAGUGUUUCUGCUGCUGACAUUGAACGACAUGAGAAGUGGUUUUCAGAAUUUGGAUCUGCAUGAAAUCCCUUGUCUUAUGAUGUGUACCAUUGUUUGGUGAUUGUUUCUUCUAUUUACUGACAGAGUGCUGAAAUAGAUCUCAUUAUUGUUGUGUUCUUGUGUAUCUACACCCUCAAAUGUAUCAUGUUUGCAAAAUUCUUUGCUCAUUCAAUCUACUCAUAGUAAAUUCAAGACUUUCUUUUUGACCUCUCA